UUAGCUGCAUUCUGGGCGUUGCAUUUUGUUCUUCUCCUGUAUAUCUAUGGACUUGGUUGUCUCGUUUAUCAGAUAAAAUUUGCUAGCGGUCCUGGUGAUUUUAUUAAGAGUUACGUCAAUGUUUCUAUCUUCACUCUAACUGCGACGAGUAGCGGUUGGUUUCUUAUGAAAUGGCCCUUCUGUAAAAAUGUUUUAAAGAAAGUAUUAAAAAAUGACGAACUAUCUCGUCAGUCGGAAUUCAUUAAGAAGCGUCACACCAAGCUGUUGUCAGUUAUUAAGAAAAUGUUAUUGAUUUUCUACAUUUCGAACAUGAUGAAUGUUUUCUUCAUAUAUAUGCCCAAUCGCGCUGAUUUGCAAAAUGAUAAUUAUUCUAUGACGCAAUGCGUAGGUCUGGAACCUUUGUCAACAUCACCAAACCGAGAGGUCUGUCAAACGAUAAUUCUUACGUUGGAAUUAAGCUUGGUAACAAUCGUCCUUAAUUAUCAAGCUCUUUUAUUAUUACUGAUAGCUCACACAACAUCAAUGUAUCAAUUAAUGGCUGACGAAAUGACGGCGUUAAACGAAGAUAAUGUAAAUGUUAAAGAAAAACUACCAACGAUGAUAAUUCGUCAUUCAAUGACAAUGGGAACCGUUGACGAUUUAAAAUUCCUUUACAGUGUACCUAUAGGUAUUCAUUUUGGUUCAAACGCGGUCUGCAUUUGUUUAUUCUUUUAUCUACCGUUACAAGAUUGGAUCACAUUCAUUCCCGUGUUAAUGUAUUGUUUUUUGGUGUACUUUUUAUAUUGUUUUCUAUGUCAGAGAUUAAUUAACGCUUCAGAAGAGUUUGAAAGAGCAGUGUAUUGCUGUGGAUGGGAAAAAUUCGAUUUGAAUGAAAUGAGAUUAACUUAUAUGAUGCUGAUGCAAGCACAGAAGCCUAUUGAAUUGUUAGCAGCUGGUAUAGUCCCUAUUAAUAUUUACACAUUUGCAACAUCAAUGCAGGCAAUGUUUAAAUUUGUUACUGUUGUCAAAUUUUAA